AAAUGAAUGACAUCAGACUACAUUUCAAAAUAAUAAAGAGAAGUAAAUACCCGUUAUCUGCCUUCUGCUAGCUCUUCAAAAUGAAUGACAUUAUACUACAUUUCAAAAUAAUAAAGAGAAGUAAAUACCCGUUAUCUGCCUUCUGCUAGCUCUUCAAAAUGAAUGACAUUAUACUACAUUUCAAAAUAAUAAAGAGAAGUAAAUAUCUGUUAUCUGCCUUCUGCUAGCUAUCGAAAAUGAAAGGUAUAAGAGCAUAUCUUCUAUGUACGUCUCAGUUGAGAACUGAAAAUUAUAGAGACCAGUAAAUACCUGAUAUCUCUUUUCUAUUUGCAAUUCUGAAUGUUCACAGGAGUAAAUAUCUGGUUUUCUGGGGAAAAUCAGAUUUCAGAGAUCAGAUACUUAGUGAAAACUGGUUACAAUUUAAAAUUUACCAUGACUUUUAUUUAUUGUUUUAUAGAGAAUGGCAAGUAAUGCCGAUGAAUUGAAAUUAUCUACAUCGAAUUCAGUUCAAAAUGUUCAAAUGGAAGAGCAAACUACAAAAAAUGUUAUUCUUACAGAGCCACCUUCUUAUGAAUCAUGUUUAAACAAUACAUAUACAUCUCCUCAAGUGCAUUAUCCAUCUCAAUUAGGUUUGAGAGACAAUGAUCAAUGUACACAAGCAUUCAUCGGAGUACGAUCAACUUUUCCAAAUCAAUCGAUAGACCAGAUAGAAACUUACAUGGUUUGGUCUAUUUUUAAUAUAUUAUGCUGCUGUUUAUGUUUUGGAUUUGUGGCUUGCUGCUAUGCAAAUAAGACUCAGCGAUUAAAAGGAAGAAAUGAUUUUCAAGGUGCACUAAAAGCUUCAAAGCAAGCUCAAAUCUGGAAUAGUAUUGGUACAAUGUUUGGUAUAUGCAACUUAAUUUUUGGCGUACUUUUUAAAAUGUUAAAAUAA